AACAAAAAUAAAAAAAAAUUCUAUCAUAACAACAACAAUAAUAAAAAAAAGGUGAAAUCAAAAACAAACUGGAGUAAAACGCGCAGCUGCUUAUAAAUAAAAAAACAGUUAAUGAUGAGCGUUAAAUAAGUAUUCUUAACGUCGUAAAAAACGCCAUUACACAAGUUUGAACAGGCAAUUUUUUUUUUUUUUUAUAUAAUAAAAAAAAAAAAAUUCAAAAACAAACAACAUCUUCGCUGUGGCUGCACAUCUAAAUCUGUUAGCUGCAAUGGUUGCUGCUGCAAACUCCGAGAACCAGAUGCCCCAAAUGGCAAACAACAUCCACCCCGAAGCUGCUAACUGUACAGAGAACAACGUUUCUACAACAGCGAACCAGGUGAAUUCGGAAGAUGGCGAUAACAACGGCAAUAGAAAUGCAAAUUUUUGGUCUUACAUGGCAUUGGGAUGGGACUGCGUAAGAACUAUAAUUGGACUUCUUUACCUAUUUCUGGAGACAGCCUUGAAACAGCUCUUGCCAGUGAAAUACCAGUCUAAGAAUAUCAAAGGUUACAAUGUAUUAAUCACCGGAGCUGGAAGUGGCAUUGGUCGUUGUUUAGCCACGAAAUUUUCAGAGCUUGGUUGUACCUUGAUUCUGUGGGAUAUCAACAAAGAGAAUAAUGAGGAAACGGCAGCCAUGAUACGUGCCAACGGCAAAACAGCCAUUAGCUACGUAUGUGACGUCAGUAGCAAGAAUGAUAUCUACAGAGUCGCUGAUAGGGUGAAAAACGAGAUUGGAAAUGUGGAUAUUCUGGUCAACAAUGCUGGAAUUGUCACUGGUAAGAACUUACUUGACUGCACAGAUCAAGACAUCAUCAAAACAAUGCAAGUGAAUGUAUUAGCACAUUUUUGGACCAUCAAAGCCUUUCUUCCCAAGAUGAUUGAACGGAACUCUGGUCAUAUAGUCACAAUUUCAUCGACAGCUGGUGUAAUAGGCGUGAACAAACUAACCGGGUACUGUGCCAGUAAAUUUGCUUGUGUUGGACUGGAUGAAGCCUUGAGAUCAGAACUUAGCUCUCUAAAAAAAGAUGGAGUUCAUAUGACAUUGGCUUGUCCUUACUACACGAAUACUGGCAUGUUCCUUGGUGCAAAGACGAGGUUUCCUUCCAUCCUUCCUGUUCUGGAAACUGAGUUCGUCGCUGAGAAAAUAAUUGAGGCUGUUUUGUGCAACCAGGAAGUUCUCUAUGUUCCACGCAUCAUUUAUUUCAUUUCGGCCGUAAAAGGAAUUAUUCCCGUGAAGUGUUGGUCGUUGCUACUGAAGUUCACCGGGAGCUCACAUUUGAUGGACGAAUUUCGUGGUCGAUCGCUGGAGAAAAAGAAAUCGAUGCACGUCUCAGCAAGAGUAUCGGUUCCGCCCUCACCUUCACCUGCACCCUCAUCACUAUUACCAAUGUUAUCAUCAAUAAAACUAAACAACAACAGCAGCAACAACGAAGACUUAUACGAAGUUACGAAAUCAGUUAAAAUGUCUGACACAGUUGUAGGCAACUAAACAUGAAAAUAUCGAAAAAAGAAAAAAAAAUGAAAUAAGAGAAACUUAUAAAAAAUCGAAAAACAAAAUAAAA